CCACCUGUCCCCGGCGCGUUGGACGCUGGAAGCCAAGAUGGCGGCGGAGCUGGUGGAGGCGAAAGUGAAACAUGGUGAUGAGCUUCCGAGUCUCAGACCUCCAGAUGUUGCUGGGAUCGGUGGGCCGGAGCAAGAGCGGCCUCAAGCACGAACUGGUCACGCGGGCCUUGCAGCUGGUCCAGUUUGAUUGCAGCCCGGAACUGUUCAAGAAGAUCAAGGAGAUCUACGAGGCCCGCCACGCCAUAAUCACCGACCCGGGCCAGCCGCCCCAGCAGCACCAGCAGCCGCCCCCCACGCACCGGCCUCCCCCCGACCCUCUCUCCCUGCACUCCUAUGACCGCAGCAGCACGGUUCCCAGGACUGCCCUUUCCGCCCCCAGCAUUGACUAUCCUUCUCUCUACGGGAAAUACUUAAACGGACUCGGGCGCUUACCUCUCAAAUCCAUGAAGCCGGAGGUCCGGCUGGUGAAGCUUCCCUUCUACAACGUCCUGGACGAACUUUUGAAGCCGACCGAGCUUGUCCCGCAGAAUAACGAGAAGCUCCAGGAGAGCCCGUGUGUCUUUGCGUUGACGCCGAGGCAAGUGGAACUGAUCAGAACUUCCAGGGAGUUGCAGCCAGGAGUGAAAUCGGUCCAGGUUGUCCUCAGAAUCUGCUACACGGAUACCAGUAGCCCUCAGGAAGACCAGUACCCCCCAAAUAUCGCUGUGAAAGUGAACCACAGUUACUGUUCUGUCCCGGGCUAUUACCCCUCGAACAAGCCUGGCGUGGAGCCCAAGAGGCCUUGUCGUCCCAUCAACCUCACUCAUCUCAUGUACCUGUCAUCAGCAACCAACCGCAUCACCGUAAUUUGGGGCAACUACGGAAAGAGUUAUUCUGUGGGCCUGUUCCUCGUGCGACAGAUGACAUCUGCAGAGUUGCUGCAGAGGUUGAAAACAAUUGGAAUCAAACACCCAGAGCUCUGCAAAGCACUUGUCAAAGAGAAGCUGCGCCUGGAUCCGGAAAGUGAAAUCGCCACCACGGGGGUCCGCGUGUCUCUCAUAUGUCCGCUGGUGAAGAUGCGACUCUCCGUGCCGUGCCGGGCAGAGACCUGCGCCCACCUGCAGUGCUUCGACGCCGUCUUCUACCUGCAGAUGAACGAGAAGAAGCCCACGUGGAUGUGUCCGGUGUGCGACAAGCCAGCCACUUACGACCAGCUCAUGAUUGACGGGCUCCUCUCAAAGAUCUUGACUGAAUGUGAGGAUGCCGACGAGAUCGAGUACUUGGUGGACGGCUCCUGGUGCCCGAUCAAAGUGGAGAAGGAGAGAAGCUACAGCCCUCAGUGCCCGAUACUGGUCGUGGGUGGAUCCACAGGGGGGACUUCGGACGUCAACGGGGCGCCUCCCCCUGCCCCCAGCACCAACGGGGAGAACGGCAAGGUUCCUGCUGACGUGGUGGAUUUGACACUGGACAGCUCGUCCUCUGAAGAGGACGAGGAGGAGGACGAUGACGAGGACGAUGACGUGGGGCCCAGGCGGAAGCGGCUCCGCCUGUACAAGAAGGAUCCAGCCUCCGCCUGCUGACUGCCGAGGGCACUACGGGACUCCCAGUGGAAAAGCUUGAAUACUCUGGUGCUUACUCAGAUAUGGGAAGAGGGGCUGUUCUC